AUGACUACAUGGCUGUUAGCGUUUCUCUGCUUUGCAAGCGCUGCCUGCACAAAUAUAACAGAUCAGCAGACAUCUGAAAGUCAGCAUGAUCAGCAAGUUGCUAUUCUAAAACAAAUUCGAAAGCUCAACGAAGAUGGCUCAUAUACGUAUGGAUACGAAGCUGGCGACGGAUCAUUUAAAGAACAGAUAUCCGUCGUCCAGAGUAUACCACGUAAUCGUACUUCAACCACCAGGAAACCUAAUAUCUAUAUGACAUCUAGAGAACCGGAUACAAAAGCCACGGUGGUCCAGUCGAUACCGAGGACACGAAAACCGACGACCUUACCGACCAUUACUACCACAACAGCGACGACUACGGAAGGUUCUUCUAGGCCCAGCUACAUGCGACCCAAGGGCAGACACCGUUUCAUAAUCAAUGGUCAGCAGCGCCCCUUAGUACUCGAAGAGGAUGAAGUACUCGACGAAGAUUCUCAAAUUACGCGACCCAGUGCUGGUGACAAGAAUACAAGUAUGCGAAGAGUCAUAUUUACGAAGCGGCCGCUAGAUCAAAAUUUACGUCCUAUUACCGAAGAGUUCGAAGAUAAAGAGGAGGAGAUAAAAAUUACCACGGGCAAUUCAUUGAGAAGACAGCUUCAGGAGGAAACUACUAAAGCAGCGCCGGUCGUUGAACAGGAGGAAGAUCAAGCUGAUAUUUACGGAGGAGCUUUAUCCACAUCCCGACCACUAUUUACCACGACGACACCACCGCGAGUUGUUCAAAGAGUAUCUGGACUCAGACACGAUCGUCAAAAGCACAUUUAUGUUAAUGAAGAUAACGGCCCGAUAAAGUUGGAUGAGGAUCAGCGUGUUUAUGAACAGCAAGAGUCGAAGCAACAUCAGCAGGAGGAUCGCAACACCGCGCAACAAAUACUUAUACGUACAACUACGAGACCUCCGACUCCCGAGGCGAGAGAUUACAUACGUCAGAGUCCCGAACCUCUUUAUCUUCGUCAACAGCCCGAAGGCUAUAUACGGGAUAUCCCGAGCGGUGGGAUUCUCGUUCAAGCCCAAGGUAAUCAUUUGGAUGAAGAUCCGACUUAUCGGCAAAUACCCUUGAGUAGGCUACUUCUGAGGUCGGAAUUCAAUAGACUUUUGCCGAUAAAUCAGCAACCCUUGUACUCGGGUGCAACCGAUGCUAACGUUCAUUAUAUUACGGAUUCGCCGCCGUCGGCUCAAGAGCAAGAGGAAGCAGCGCCACGAAUUCCGAUAAAUCCGGCUUAUUUAGCCCGACAGAGGGCUGCUUAUCAGCGUCAACUACCAUAUCCCGAAGGCAUAGUAGAUCCUCGACGAGCUCUUCUGCGACCGUUGCCUCAACCAUUGCCCCAGAAUGAGCGAGAGUAUCAGAGUAUAGGACCGGACUACCCCUACAGGUCGAGCCAACUUGUUCUGCCUCCCGAGCCGCCGAAUCCCAUUGCGCCGCCUCUAAGUCGUCGGGAUUUCCAAAUACUGUUGCGACGUCUUUUGGUUAGCCAGUAUGGCAUUCAAGCUCUUAGCUAUCCAAAAACUUAUCUCGAAGACGCAUUGUACGACCAGCAGCCUUAUCCGUCUUACCAGCCCGCUUAUCAAACACCGAUUCCCAGAGCCGAAGUCCCUUAUCCUUCGGAGCCUGCAGCUCCCACGGCACCAGUGGCUCCAGUAGCGCCAGUCCCCCCACCGCCGUCAUACCCAGAACGAAUCCCUUCAAGAAGAGCCCACAUGUAUUCCAGGGCUAUUAAUCCUCUCUACCAGCAGAACCAAUACGAAGAGUAUCCCGAGCCUCGAUUUCAGAAACGUGUGUAUAGGCAGAAGUUUUAUACAGCGGAAGUACCGGACGAGGCAGAGGAAAUCUUACCGCCGCAAAUUAGAGAAGCCUUAUUACUGAGGAUGUUGCAAUUAGCCAUCAACGCGGAGAGGCCCAUUGCCAUGUCGAAUACCAUAGCAAGUACGACAUUACCGUCGCCGCUUAGAUAUCGCAAAUCGGGACCAGUGAGAAACGUGCAAAUUUUAGGAGAGGACUUGGAUGAAAAUAAAAUGAGAAAGAAAAUUUAGAAAGUCUUUUAUUUGUUGUAAAAAA